UCUAGGGAUUGUCUGGGAGAGAAAAUUCGCGGUGCGGUGACAGAACAGUGUUGGCUUUUCGUGUGAUGUUCCCGUGAAAAGUAGUGAAAAUUUUUCACUGCACCGUAGCAAAAUCGUGAAUAGUUGGAAGCGUGAGUCGCGUGAACAUUGUAGAUUUGGAGUAGAGUUUUGGGAGGGAGAGGAAAUCAGCGAAAGUCGCCAAAAUAUUUCCCCAAAAAUAGAAGAGGAGGUGAAAAAAAAUCACGAGAGAGUAUGUGAGUUUUUGAUGGAGAGGGGAGCUCUCUGUGAUGUCCAUCUCUUUCUAACUCAUGUAAUGUGUAUGGGGAGAGUGUGGUGGGGAGUAUUGUCUCCCUCCAGCGUUAUCACUCAAUCGCUCCUCUUCGCGAUACUUCGUCAGAGUGAGAGGUGAACGAGAACGAAUGGCAUCUCACUCGGACUUACCGACUCGACUUGAGGAGGGGGGCUAGACGUGAGGAGGUGGGGAGCAUUUCUGGGGAGUCGGACUACUCGUGAGUGUGUGUGUGUGUGUGUGAGUUGCAUAGUGACUAUCUCUCUUGCACUCCUACUUAUUGCGUUCACUGCUGGGACCGAUACUCGCCCAACAUCAAUCGUCGUAGGGCCGCCGCCUGGCUGUGAUUGUGCACCCAAACAGCAAAUGUAUGCGUGCGCCAUGGUGCACACACACACUACCACGCUUCAUUUGAGUAUCCCAAAAUAGAGACGCGGCGCGGUUUGUCGCUCAUGAGCUCCGUCAAUGUUUCGCGGCUCCACAGUUUGUGAAGAACAUUUUAUCCGUUCGGCAGCCGGUCUCUGGUUGCGCGCGCCGCUAAAUUAAAUUUAUGAUUUGUUUUCAUUGUUGUUUAUAUCAUUGAUGCAUUAUUCUUAUUGCUAUUUCUAUUUACAACCACGAAAAGAGAUUUUGAAACAAAAGGACAAAAGUCGCAAAUUUGGCGCCAAAAAAGUGAAAAUUAAUGUUUUUUUAUAAACGAAAAAAAAAACAAACCCUCACAGAGACAUUUCCUUCCUGAUUUAUGAGGAAUUGAGAGGAAAAAAUCCGCAAGAAAAUUGUGAAAAUUCAAAAAAAAAUCGUGAAGUGAAAUUUUGAAGGAGAGAAUUUUAAUUUUCGAAAAAAGUGCAAAAAUUGAGUCAGAUUUCGAAUAAAUAGAGGACCUCUUGGUGAUUUAUUAAAUAAUUUUCAAAUGUGAUUGAGUGGAGUAACAUUUUCUCAAUUUUCCUCCUUUAUUUUCCAUCAUUCUGAUUUAAUUUUCUGGCAUUUUCAAAAUAAAAGGCGAUGCAAAAACACAAAGGGACACCAAAAAGAACAAAAAGGAUAAGCCUUUAGGACAAUUUCGAAAAAAAACGGAAGAAAAAUUCUAAUUCAGAAACAUUUAGAAAAAAAAAAUCGAAUAAUAUUUUGGAAAUAUAUUUCGAAAAAAAAACUUGGAAGGAUUUCUUCAGUGGAAUAUUUAUUGUGUUUGUGUCGAAAAAAAAGGAUUCGGAAAAAUUAAUUCCUGAUCACAUCUUCUGGAGUUUAUUUUGGACAAAUUUUAGUGCCACUUUUAUACAACCCCUCAGUAUAUAAAAGCUGCUCAAAGUGAUUGUAUUCUCGGAAAAUCAAUAAUCAACAGACAAAAAUUGCAAUACUCUUUUUCCUUUGCAUCAUAUGCUCUUUUCGAGGACACAGGAAAAAUGUAAAGAACCAUCACAAUGCUAGGAUAACAGAGGAUUCACUUUGUCAUCAUUGAGGAGAAAAAUAAAUUAAAUUAAAAAGCAAAACCACCCCCAGAAGACGAAAGGAGUCAAAGAUAAUUUUUUUGUAAGCAUCAGGCAGUUGCUGCAAGAUGGCCAUAAAUUUCUCAGCGUCGUUUGCAGCCUGCCUGGCAGCGGGCCUAAAGGUACCGCGUCAAAUAAUGUACUGCAUCUCCCAAGAUACUGGAGCACCGUAUGUUCUUUACAAGGAUUCCCAGGAGGCAGCAGAGCGUGGUGCAUUGACGGCAGGUCAAUGGGGUCCCGAUAUGUAUGCGUCAAUGCAGCAACAGAGCCCCCAACAAGCACACAUAGCAUCGCAGCAUACGCAUAAUGGCGUCCAAUUGGCCAAUGCUGCACAAGCAGCAGCUCAGGCGGCAGCACAGCAAAAUUCCUCCAACGUUGGACCCCAUAGCCCGCCUGGAGAUGAAAAUGGAGCUGAUCAAACACACGGAACACUAUCAAGCCCCGCCAGUAGUCCAUACCCACAGCAGCAAGCAUCACAGGAAAUUGAGGAUGACGUUACAAUUUCUCAGGUGCCAGCAAUGCAGCAUCAGCAGCAAUCGCAAACGCAACCUUCGGGUGUUAAUCAGGGUGGUGGUGGUGCUAAUGGAGGUGGUGCUCAGCAGAAUCAACAGAAUCAAACGCAACAACCAUCACCUGAACAAAAUAUGGAUUUGGCUGAUGGUGGGCAGAGUCAACAAGCCCCUGGGUCAGCGACACAAAAUGGCGGACCACCGUGCUUUGAGCCACCACAAGCUGAGCUAGGUGGCUACUAUGCACCCCGGCAUCCUGGUACACCGCAAGGUGCUAUGCUGGCACCACCGGGUUUCCCACCGUUGCACUACCUCAACAAACCUGGUCUCCUUCCGGGUAUGGGUGCUGGUGGUAUGGAUCAAACAGGAAGCUCUCUGGACUCAUUUGCAAUGCCAGAUCUCCUGCCUGGCACGCAUCAGAUGCACCAAGCAACCCAUGGGCCAAGUGGCAAGUCCAAAGGAAGUGAUUUGCGUCUCUUUAAAUGCCUCACCUGCGGCAAGGACUUCAAGCAGAAGAGUACGCUGCUGCAGCAUGAACGCAUCCACACGGAUUCACGACCCUACGGAUGCCCAGAGUGUGGAAAACGCUUCCGGCAGCAAUCGCAUCUAACGCAACAUCUUCGCAUUCAUGCCAAUGAGAAGCCGUAUUCGUGUGCGUAUUGUCCGCGUAGCUUCCGACAGCGCGCCAUCCUCAAUCAACACCUUCGCAUCCAUUCGGGUGAGAAGCCCUACGCGUGCCCAGAGUGCGGCAAGCACUUCCGCCAGAAGGCCAUCCUCAACCAACAUGUGCGCACCCACCAAGAUGUCUCCCCUCACUUGAUCUUCAAGAAUGGACCAAUAGCCACGCUGUGGCCACAGGAUAUGCCCUACCCGGGGCCCGAAGAUGGGCCAAAGGAUGAGCAGGCGAGUGCAUUUGGGGAUGAUGCAUCGCAAGGAACACCCGAAUCAAGGGCUUGCUUUAGCCCAGAUGGUGCCAAUGGGACCCUACAGUACCCGGCGUACUUUAAGGACGCCAAAGGGGUGAAUCACUCUGUGUUCGGUUCCAAUAUUGGAUCAUUGCAGUACUUGAAACAAGGCACAAAGAGUAUGCUUCCGGAUGUGAUUCAACACGGACGAUCAGCCGGUAUGCCGUUGUACGUGCGCUGUCCCAUCUGCCAAAAGGAAUUCAAGCAGAAGAGUACCCUCCUCCAGCAUGGCUGUAUCCAUAUCGAAUCCCGCCCAUACCCAUGCCCCGAAUGCGGUAAACGCUUCCGUCAACAAUCGCAUCUAACGCAACAUUUGCGAAUACAUACCAAUGAAAAGCCCUACGGAUGUAUCUACUGCCCAAGAUUCUUCCGUCAGAGGACCAUCCUCAAUCAGCACAUUCGUAUCCAUACCGGUGAGAAACCCUACAAAUGCGCGCAGUGUGGAAAGGACUUCCGGCAGAAAGCCAUCCUGGAUCAACAUACAAGGACACACCAGGUAGGCGACCGUCCAUUUUGCUGCCCAAUGCCAAACUGCCGGCGACGUUUCGCCACUGAGCCUGAAGUUAAGAAGCACAUUGAUAACCAUAUGAACCCCCAUUCUUCCAAAUCACGCCGUGGCUUGAGUGCCAUGGCGGCAGCAGCUGCUGCUGCGGCUGCCGAAACAAAAGCCACCCCCUUCCUAUCAAUGGACAACAAAUCCAAUCUCAUCCCGCGAAUGGGUCCAGUUGUCAAGCACGAAUUGUACUUCCCACAGUGCUAUGCACCACCAUUCAAUCAAGCCUUCGGUGGACAGCAGCAGGCACAUGCUGGUUCAGUGGCAACAUCUGUAGCGUCCAUUGUGGCGAAUGCGGCGAAUGUGGCGAAUGCAAAUGCCGCGAAUGGGAAUACAACUGCCACCGCGAAUGGUGGUGGAAAUAAUUCCACUCCUGUUCCACCAACAAAUGGCGCCACUGCUGCCGUAGCUCAGUGACACGUACCACCGCCAUUUGGCUUCCGCUAGGUACAUCAAGACAUCUACUACAACACAAAUACAUCAAUGUGAAGCAGGUAAAGAAGCAGAAUGGUAACCAUAAUAUUAAUGUGAAUAGUUGGUGAAACAAUUUGAUAAUUUAACUUCUUCCGCGAAUUUAGUCACCAUCCAUGGGACGAUAAGUCUGUUAAAAAUUUAAAAGGAAAAACAGUCUGACAGCUGUCAAAAACCCAAGUUCUGUCAGUGCUUGACAGAAGCAAAGUGGGCAGGUUUUUUUUUUAUCAAAAAAAAAGUCCCAGAUGGUGAUAUUUUCUUUAAUUGUGAGCAAAAUAGUUGUCUAAAAUAGACAAUUAUAUCAUGAGAGAGAGAAAGACAGAUGAAUUUACUAAGAAAUCUACAUUUAGAACUUUUUAAUGUUCUUGCAGUGACUUACAUUUUAAUAAGCUUAAAAAGCAAAAUUUUGGAAAGAACUUGUAUAGAUUUCUCUGAGAAAUCUUUUAAAAAAAUCUUUCCUACACUAUCAGAAUUAAUUUUUUUUAUUAGUGUUACUCAUUUAGAGACUUCUUAUUCUAUUUGUGAAUUUUUUUUGCAAUAUUUCUUAAAGAAAAAAAAUACCAACGAAAUACUCACAGCAAAUGUAAGGAAAAUAAUUUUUCAAAUUAAUAAUGUCCUGCCCUGGAAGGGAUUCUUUAAUAAAAGAAAUCAUUCAAGUUGCAAUACCAACAAUUAUCGGAUUUUUUUAAUAAAAGAAAAAUCAGAUAAAAUUCGUCAAAAUAAAUUAAAAAGUGUGAAAAAAUGUUAUAAUAUUCUUAAGAUUUAUUAAUAUAAACUUCCAUUAUUUUAGUGAUUUAGCGAUCUCGUGGAAUUUGAAAUCAAAUUCAUUUGAUUAAAGUUUAAAAUUAAAUUUUUAACAAAUGAGAAAGAAAAGUGAAAUUUUCUAUUUACGUAAUGAGUUUAAGAACGUUGCCCCAAAAGUGAAAAAGCAAGAGAGAAUUUUUGCAUCAUCUUCAAAGUGAUGCAGAAAUUUGUUCAAGGAAAUUGCGCCUGUAAGAUGCGCACGAAUCCUUGAAAACUUUUAAUGUUCGAAAUCAAAGUUUAAAAAAAAAUAAAAAUUGAGAAAACAAUAGACAAAUACAUAAAAUUGACGAUUGAGAACCCGAAGAUAAAAUUCAGAUUUUUUUUACAGAUUUAAACGUAAAUAACUGAUUAAAUAAAAUAAUACCUUUAUUAGAUAAAAAUCUAAAUAACAAAAAUAUUAAGCAUAGAAACCACCCAAUUCACACCCACUUUUUAAAAACUACAGCUUCCAUAAACUUUUUAAAAAGGAAACAUUUUACAAACUGAAAAAAAAUAUUAUGAACUAAACAUUACAAUUAUAAAGAAGAAAGAAAAUAAAAUAAGCAACAAAGAAAUAAAUAGAAAUGGCGAAAAAAAAUCUUACAGAAUAUACAUACAGAUGGUGCUAUUUUUAUAUGACAGUUAUUAAUUAAAAAAAAACUUUUUUAAAAACAAUAAAAUAAAAUAAACAGCUGAGCCGAAAUACAAAUUUAUUUUUUACAAAUCAACAACCUAAUGAAAUAGAAUUGAUAAAUCUUCUUCACAACAAGAAAACCCAUAAAAUAUUUUUGAAAUUCUCUCUUCUCUUUUUUAAAGAAAAAUUAAAUAAAUAUAAUAUUAAUAAAUAAAAAUGAACCACAACUCAAACAAUUUCUUAAUCGUCAAUGGGUAUCGUAUAAAAGAAGCGAAAAUUAAAUACAAAAAUAAAAUUUGAAAGAAAGCAUUUUUUCAUUAAUUUAAACACUUUUAAUUUUUAUGUUAACCCUUUCGCGUCCACGUGAAACAUAGAAACAUUGAAACAUGCAUGCUUUUGGAGGACAUUUUUCAGUCAGAAUGUCUUCUUUGGCUUCUUUUGCGUGAUUUGAAUGCAUUUCAAAAUUGGAAAAACAAAUAAAUUCAUAAAAAUUUGGCAAAAUAAAAUGUUUCACGUUGUGAUCUACGUAUGACCCAAAGAACACGAAAAGGGUUAAACAAUUUUCCUAAAGCACAAAAAACAAUCGAAAAAAAAAUCUGACAAAGUGCCAUCUUUCGGUAUACCACUUAAAUAAAAC